CACCUUUAAAUGGAUCCUCCAGGCUCUGCAGGUGAAGCAGGCCAGUCAAAACAGAGCAGAGUCACUGCAAGACACUUUCCUAAGAGGCUUACUGCAUCCUCUCUGUCCCUCGCUGAUCCGUCACUGGAACGACUCCGCUCACUUCUACCGGGACAGGCACCUGCUGGGUGACGGGAAACAGUCUCUUCUGUGCAGGCGUGUCGCUGAUCCUCUGCAGCCAUGUGUGACCAGACGUUCAUGGCGGCCACCUUCGGCCCAUGUGACAGCUGCAGCAAGGCCAGUCCGCUGAUGAACAUCUAUGUCAAGAGCGAGGCCAUCAACUACUGCUCCUUCUGCGUGGAAAUGAUGGCGUGCCAGGGGCUCCAGAAAGGGGAGACCCUGUCAUCACUGAAGAAGGAGAGCGAGAACCUGAAGAAGAAGCUGGAGGAGGAGCGCGGCAAGCUGAACGAUGUGGAGCUGCAUCAGGUGGCUGAGAAGGUGGAGGCGGUGGCCGCGCUCUCCCUGAAGACCAGGCGUGUCCUGAAAGGCCACGGCAACAAGGUCCUGUGUGUGGACUGGUGUAAGGACAAACGUCGCCUGGUCAGCUCCUCACAGGAUGGAAAAGUGAUUGUCUGGGAUGCGUUUACUCUUAAUAAGGAGCAUGGGAUAACCCUGCCAUGUACAUGGGUGAUGGCAUGUGCAUACGCUCCCUCCGGUUGUGCUGUGGCAUGUGGGGGCUUGGAUAACAAAUGCUCAGUGGUCCCGCUGUCGCUGGACAGAAACGAGAACCUGGCAGCAAAGAAGAAGUCGGUCGCCAUGCACACCAACUAUGUAUCAGGAUGCUCCUUCACCAACUCGGACAUGCAGCUGCUGACCUCCAGCGGGGAUGGAACAUGUGCAUUGUGGGACGUGGAGAGUGGGCAGCUGCUGCAGAGUUUCCACGGUCACACGGCGGACGUCUUGUCGCUGGACCUCGCUCCGUCCGAGACCGGAAACACGUUUGUGUCCGGGGGCUGCGAUAUGAAGGCCAACGUGUGGGACAUGCGCUCGGGACAGAACAUUCAGUCUUUUGAAAGCCACGAGUCGGAUAUCAACUGUGUGAAGUACUACCCCAGUGGAGACGCGUUUGCAACUGCGUCAGACGACGCCACGUGCCGUUUCUAUGACCUGCGGGCUGACCGUGAAGUCGCCGUCUACCAGAAGGACAGCAUCAUAUUUGGUGCCUCCUCUGUGGACUUCUCUCUCAGUGGCCGCUUGUUGUUCUCUGGGUACAACGACUACACCAUAAACAUCUGGGACGUUCUGAAGGGGACUCGCGUCUCCAUCCUGUUUGGCCAUGAAAACCGCAUCAGCAGAGUCCGAGUGUCGCCUGAUGGCACGGCGCUCUGCUCAGCCUCCUGGGACAACAGUCUACGGAUAUGGGCCUAGCGUCGUCCCAGCGGUUCAGUCCAAGUAAACAACACGAAGAUUAGCACUCCUGGCGGAUAUCAAUCCCUCAUGCUUGAGCGUGUCGAUCCAAAACUUCAGCUUCACACUGAAGUUCCACCGCUUCCAAAUGUGAUGAUGCAUCAGUUCCUUGUUAGCACACAAAGCUAAGCAGCUUGUUAGCAUCACGUCUGAACGCUGCGCCUCGUAAAUGUACUCGGACCCCUUGAAUAUUUUCAGAUUUCGUCAAGUUACAAUCACGGCUUUUCCAUGAAUUAUAUUGGACUCUUAGGUGACAGACCAGUUUUUCUGAUUGAAAAAAAAAAAAAGACCUCAGCAUGCUGCUUCCACCACCAUGUUUCAAUGUGGUCGUGGUGUUUUUGGGCUUAUCUGCAGUGUCGCACAAUGUUUCACAUGUAGAGGGAAAAGUUCAUCAGGGCACCCAGCAGGUGGACUCGCUGUGAAAUAAGUGAGCUCUGAUGCUAAAGGAUUUUAUAUAGAGGUGUCGUAUUACUGGGGGCACAUUUUUCAGACUUUUCACCAAACCAUGUCUCCCUUUUCUUUCUAUGCUUAUUUCAAUUAAAUACAUUCAGGUUCGUGAUUGUAAUGUGACAAAAUGUGGAAAAAUUGACAUUUUUACAAGGCGCCGUCUCCAACAGCAUUCCUUCUGAAGGAUUUCAUCACAUAUAGAGAUAUUUACUAACUGAUCUGUUGGCCUACUGGAAAUAAAAUUGACCAUAGAAAUCAGAUUGAACAACAAAAAAGACAAUGGAAAAAACAUAUUUCUGCAAUGAACAGACAAAAACAGUACUAAUAACUAGGUAAGAACAAUAUAUUGAUUAUUAUUGUUGUCAUUUAACCUUCUUUAUUUGACGUAUGAACUGCAGUCAGGUUCAUUUUAGUGGGUUUGUAAGCGCUGCUCUAAUAACAGCACCUUACGGCAUAAAGUUAGCUAUCAGUAUUAUUAUGUUUUUAUUUAAAGGUGUAUUAACUAUUUUGAUCACUGAUUUUCCCAUGAGGAAAUAAAAACAGUUGUGGAGUCUUC